CUGGCGAUCCCCCCAUCAAUCGCGAUGCGCUGUUGUGUAGUAAUCACAUGUUGAGCCAUCGUAUCCGCUUCUACCAAUAACUUACCAUGCUCCCAACUAUGGUUGAGAGAAAAUCACCCAUUGGCCGUGGCCGUGACGUAAAUACUUCCGGUGUGGACCUUUCUCCUCGUGGUAUUCAUAUACCCUCUAGGACCAGCUCCAGGCCGUACAGGCCUCACCGCCGCAUCGCAUCUCCAUCGCGCCAGCGACGGGAUCUGAGUCCAUCCGUGGGAGGUUCUACAGAAGAUCGUGCCGUGGCGAGCUCUGCUGCUUCUAUGGCUUCGUACGACUCACCACCUUCCUCAGUCGAGCCUGGUGCCCUCUAUGACAGGGGGCCCUCUGAAGCUCAUGAGAAGCUUCACCCUCUCACCGAGGACAACCCAGAUUCGUUCGACCUGCUGUCUCCUGAUGCGAACUUGAGAAGCAGCAAGUCGUACUCGCUCGAGGAACGAUCCGAGUUGAUGUUCUCGAGAAAGCAUCUGCAAGCCAUCUUCCAGGAUCCCCAUCAACUUCACCGGUUCACGGCUUUUCUCACCUCCUCACGUCCAAAGUCGAUCCCGUUGCUGAUAUAUUAUCUGGAUGCCCUCAAGGCACUGCGCGCCAUCAAUUAUGCCAAUGCUGUUGCAGAAGCUCUUGAUCCCAUAGAGAAUCUUGCCUUUACCGAGCAUGCCGCCCGUCCAACGAUGAAUGGUGUGUUGGAGGAGAAGGCAUCAGCUGCUUUUGACGUACUAGUCUGUGAAGACUUGCCUGCUUUCAUUACUCAUGUAUAUAUCAAGAUCGCGAGCCGAGCCAUCACCCAGAGAGUUACUGGUAAUCUACCAAAAGGCUCACAAGAGGCCGAGGGUCUGGCGGAAGUGUUCUGCUUCACUGACGUCUCGCGCCCUGACAAUCCCAUCAUCUUUGCUUCUGAGGAAUUCCAUCGCACCACGCAGUAUGGGGUAAAUUAUGCAAUUGGUCGCAACUGCCGCUUCUUGCAAGGUCCUUGCACCAACCGCGACAGUAUUCGUCGAGUUCGCACCGCUGUUGAGACCGGACAGGAAAUCAGCGAGGUUUUCCUAAAUUACCGCCGGGAUGGCUCUCCGUUCAUGAACAUGCUCAUGAUGGCGCCACUGUACGAUAGUCGUGGUACUCUCCGGUAUUUCAUAGGCGCCCAAAUCGACAUCAGUGGCCUAGUCAAGGAAUGUGUCGACCUCGAAGCGCUCCAGAAGAUUGUCGCCACGAAAGACAAAGACGCUCCACCCCAGGAUCCAGAGCCGACGAAAGACGAGUUCCAGGAGCUGGCUGAAAUGCUCAACUAUGCAGAGCUCGAUUGUGUCCGCAAGCACGGCGGUCGAAUGCACCGUGAUGACGAGUAUGAAUCAGAGAAUGAGACUCGCCAUCGCAUCGGUCGCGAUAGACGCCCUCGCAUGCAUCUCCGCGACUCUGCCGACUCCGCCGACGAAAGGACGAAGGCGGAGUCUAUUCCCAAAACUAUCAAUGGUCGUCUCCAAGGCGUAUACCAGCACUACCUUCUCCUCCGUCCUGCUCCCUCACUCCGCAUCCUCUUCACCUCGCCUUCUCUACGCAUCCCCGGCAUUCUACAAUCCCCAUUCGUCGAUCGGAUAGGCGGCAGCGCCCGCGUGCGCGCCGGUCUCACCGCAGCCCUAUCCGAGGGCCAAGGCGUAACCGCGAAAGUGAAAUGGCUAACCAACCCACGAAACUCAGACGAAGAGGGCCGCACGCGCUGGAUCCACGCGACGCCCUUGCUCGACGCGAACGGCAAAGUAGGCGUGUGGAUGGUGCUGCUUGUCGACGAAGCAACCGAGCAAUACGUCCAGCGCAGAAAGUUCCGCGUCGCCCCGCCCGUCGAGCAAUUCUCCUCCCAGUCCUAUCACCACGAGGACGUGGAAACCACAGCGCGCCCGAGCACACGGAACGUGCCGGAGACAGAUUCGAUCGUCAUGCGCAGCGUGCCGACAAGCGGCCGCCACAGCACCGAUGACGAGGGCCCGCAUGGCAAGUUCCUGGAAGACGACGAGUAUGACAGCGCGCCGGGCCCGCAAGUCCGGAACGUUGCGCGCAAACAGCCACGCGUCAUUAUGAAUAGCAUAUCCGGGGGUCCAGGACCAGGUUCGUACCAGCAGCGGCAGCAGCAACACCACUACCAGAACGGCCUCAACUCACACCCGACCCCAUCCCGUCCAUCAUCAAGGAACUCACGCCAAGACCGUUCUCGAGCCAAUUCCUCACUCCCUCCACCGUCGCCCGCCGUGAACCACGUCCGCAUCUCGAGCCCGGCCAUAACGCCGCCGCAAUCGCCCAAGGAUAAGCGCAACUUUAUCAAGCUCGGCAUGUCUCAGGCCGCGAAUAUGAUUGGUCGACGCAGCAAUGGGCAGGCGAAUGGGCAUGAUGCGCGCGAUAGUCACGAUAGUCACGAUGUCAGUGGGAACGCGAUUGGCAAUGGGAGUGUCGACAGCGUUGCUUUGUAAGAUCUGAUUUUGGGAGCCUUCUUGGGUCGUCGUUGUUGGAGCAGAGCUUUGAUACACGAUCUGCGGUCUCGAGGGACGUGGUGGAACGCAUCA